AUGAUGACUGAUUUGCAAUAUGGACCACAAUUAAGACUUGGAAAAUCGAGCGAAUUCUCCAACACUGAAAGCGAUUUACGCUCACAAUUGGCAACACCAGAUUAUUCGGAUACAACAAUUUCGUUGGGAUCAAGUUGGAGAGCUGUUGAACAAAAAACAAGUGCGAAUGAUUUGACUUUGGAAAGUAGCGAAAGUAGCGGAAGUUCAACUCUGACUGCAGAUACUUUGCCGAGAAUGGUAGGUUUAGAAAAUAUUUCGAAACGGACCCGAGUUUUAAGAUUUCUGACCACCUAAAUCCUUGUUUUCAGACAAAUCGCACCGAACUUCAACGCAUUGUUUCUGAACAACACGAUGAACUUCGAAUGACUAUGGAGAAAACAUCUGAAAUCUUCGAAAAUUCUCUUAAAAACCUCUCAAAUAUGAUGUCACAAAUCAAUUCAAAUGGAGAAACUUUGAGACAAGAAUUAUUUGAGGAAUUAGAUGAAUUGGAAGAUGUUAAUGAUGAAUAUUUGGAGGAUUUUGAUAGAAAAAUCGAACAUUUUUCGGAUAUUUGUCAAGAUACUCUUGAUUUAUUGGAAUACAAAGCAAAACUCGAUAAUGUUGUUGCUAAAAGUGAUCAUUUGUUAGCAAAUUUGACGAAAACUCAAGUCCUUCUUGAUUCCAACACGAAACGCGUUAAAAAUGCGAAAAAUCUUAUUGAUUUUGCGAUUGCUGAUUUGCCAGAUUUGACUGUUUUCGAACACGAAGAUCAUAGGAUUUAUCAAGUUUUGACGAAUUUGCAAAAAUGGGUUAGAGAAAUGCCAAUGAAUUUGGAAGAAAAGGAGAAAAUUGAGGAGACAAUUCGAAAAACUGAUGAUUUGCCAGCAAACGGAGCUUAUAAAUGUGAAAUGAUAUUUGGGGAAUUUUCAAAAAUUAUGGAUGGAUGGGCGGCGAGAUCUGGAAAAUCGACUAGUUUCAAUCUCUCGAGUUUGUCUGAAUUGAGUCAAACGGAUUCGGAAGAACCAAAGAAUCGCAUUGAUUUAUCGUAAGUUCUCGAAUCCCCCGGUUUUUUAUGGAAGAAUUCCAAACAAUAAAGAUUUCAGAUCCUGGUCAGCGAAUUCUUCAUUAUCUGACACCAGUGGAAAAACAUCGAUUCAAUCUCUAAUGACCGAUGUUUCACAAGUUAGUUCGAAUAUUCAAACUGCAUUCUCGGAAGGUGGAAUUGUUUCUCCAAAACCACCAAGAGAUCCAGAAAACAUUUUGGAUAAUGAGAGACAUAUCACUGUUUGUAAGUUAUCGAUGUUAUUUUUUCCCAUCAAAAACUUCUGAUUUUUAGUCACCAAUCCGCAAACACUUCAAUCUGCAACUGAUAGAUCACCAAUGAUUUCGCCAUUUGCACCAGCAAGUUCAUCUGAAAGUGAAAGUGAAACCCAGGAAUCCACUUCGUCAUUCUCAAAAAUUCGAGUCUCAGCUGAAAAAGCUGAACUUUCUCAUUAA